GCGCGCACUUUGGCGGUUCCUCCCCUGGUAGUACGGAAGGACUCCGUAGGUCGGCUUUUCAGAGCGCAGUUCCCGGUCCACGGACCACAGGCUUUUCUUCCCCCCCGGCACCCGGGUCCAGCUUUGCGGCGCUCUGACCCCAGCCGGUUUUGGCGGUGGCGCUUCCGGAACACAAUGCGCAUGCGCACGCCGAGAGGCGGAGGCCCGCGGCGGAAAGAGCGCUCCGCCUGGCGACUGAGGGCGUGGGUCAGUGGGGACUCGAGGCGGGCCUGGCGGCGCUCUAUCCCUCCCCCUGCUGCUGCGGCUCGCUUCUUUAACUCGCGAGCAUCUGGCGCGCUGUUCUGGGUUUCCACGUGGGCCCGCCCACCGCCAUCUUGAAGCUGUGCCAAGGUACAAACAAUACUGAUUAUCAUACAGCUGGAAAGAAAGGCGAAGAAAAUGCUUUUUAUUUUAGAUUGGGCAAUUAAGCAGAAACUGCAGUUUUAGUAUGAAGAACGGAGGUGGAAGAACAAGCCGAAUCAGAAGACGAAAACUCUUCACAAGUUCUGAAUCAAGAGGAGUGAAUGAGAGCUACAAGCCUGAAUUUAUAGAGCUUAAGAAGUGGCUGAAAGAUAGGAAGUUUGAAGAUACAAACUUAAUACCUGCUUGUUUUCCAGGUACAGGAAGAGGGCUGAUGAGCAAAACAUCCCUGCGGGAGGGACAGAUGAUUAUCUCAUUGCCCGAGAGUUGCCUGCUCACCACGGACACAGUGCUUAGAAGCUACUUAGGGGUGUAUAUUGCCAAGUGGCAGCCUCCUCCAUCUCCUGUGCUGGCUCUUUGCGCCUUUUUAGUUUCAGAAAGGCAUGCUGGGGACCGGUCUCCCUGGAAGCCUUACCUGGAGGUUUUGCCCAAGGCCUACACCUGCCCUGUUUGUUUGGAGCCAGAAGUGGUGAAUCUUCUUCCCAAACCUUUGAAAGCAAAGGCCAGAGAGCAGAGAACCCACGUGCAGGAGUUCAUUUCUUCCUCCAGAGACUUUUUGUCUUCCCUGCAGCCUCUGUUUUCGGAGGCCGUCGAGAGCAUCUUUAGCUACAGCGCCCUCCUGUGGGCUUGGUGCACCGUGAACACCAGGGCUGUGUACAGGAAGUGCACGCCGAGGCAGUGCUUUUCCGCAGAGCCGGACACCUGCGUGCUCGCCCCGUUCCUCGAUCUGCUGAACCACAGCCCCGACGCCCAGGUAAAAGCAGCGUUUAAUGAGGAAACCCGCUGUUAUGAAAUUAGAACAGCUGUGAGCUGUGGAAAACACAAAGAGGUGCUCAUCUGCUAUGGCCCUCACGAUAACCACCGCCUGCUCCUCGAGUAUGGAUUUGUUUCCAUCCGCAAUCCUCAUGCUUGUGUUUAUGUCUCAAAAGAUAUACUUGUUAAAUAUCUUCCAUCAACAGAUAAACGGAUGAACCAAAAGAUUUCCAUUUUAGAGGAUCACGACUUUAUAGAAAAUUUGACGUUUGGAUGGGAUGGACCGUCUUGGCGGUUACUCACAGCUCUUAAGUUGUUAUGUCUGGAGGCUGAAGAAUUGACAUGCUGGAAAAAAGUACUUAUUGGGGAAAUAAUUUCAGAUACAAAUGAGAAGACAAGUUUGGACAUAGCCCAGAAAAUAUGCCAUUAUUUCAUCAAGGAGAGUAAGGCUGUGCUUCAAAAGAUUUCUCAUAUGAAAGAUGAAGAAGUGGCUUUGAUAAACCAACUAACUUUGGUAGAAACACUGUGGACAGAAGAGCUGAAGAUUCUCCAGGCCUCUGCCGAGACCCUAACCAGUUUGCAGACAGCUUUUACGUAACUUCACUGAAGUGCAGGUGAUCACCUCCAAUGGUGGGUGUGACUUCUUAAACAUUUUUAAACUAAGGUUUAUUUUAUAUAGACUCAUUUACAGUCAAUGAACGGUUUCUAUUAAACAGUUAUCUGCGUAAUCCUCCUCCUGCUUCUGUCUGUGGGGUGGAGCGGUGGCUGCUUGGGGACGUCGAAGGGCAUCUGCAGGGGCAGAGCAGGUCCUGGGGACUCCGUCCCAUCGGCGUUUCUGUUGCUGUCAAAGCAAAUAGCAGUCCUGGAGGAAGACGUCCAGGGAACGUAUGAAUUCUCAUGGGAGGGCGAGGCUGGGAGGGAGCCUGGUCAGCCCGGGGCUCCGUUUGUGGUCUUCCUCUGAGCGUCCUGCUUCUUACCUGACCCAGCGGCCAUAAAAGCACAAGACGUCGUGCUGCUCUAUGCUCUGAUGCCAGCGGGUUAGGGCUGAGGGGCCUGUGGCAUGUGGCGGUGAGUGGCUGGGUGGCUUUGGAGGGGGCAGUGUGGGGCGGUGCCCAGCAGUCUUGGCUCCCAGCUGGGCUCUGCCCCCGCCACUCUGAGCUAGAGCAACGCACUUCGAAUCUUCGGUCCUUGAUUGCCCAUCUGGAAACAAGAUUGUUACGGGGGUCCUGUGGCACAGGCCCGGGUGGCGCUGCCCCUCCCUGUCUGCGCCUCCCCUGCCCGCUGAGGACUGGGGGUUAAGCUCACGGGGAGGGCCCCUCCAGCCCGCCUCCUUGUGAUUUCUGUGCGCAGGAAGUGAGUUCGUCCUUGUCGAGCAGGAGACUCGUGGGGCCUCACCAGUCCUCCCUCUGUUUACAGUUUCCCAGAAUGUGUUCAAAUCUCUGGUCAGCCCAUGUCCCUUUCCCAUUCUCUGUGGUGGGUGUUUAACCCUUUUAUUCUGCUCCUUUUCUUCAUUUUAAUGGGGGUAUUGGGAGGAACAGGAGAUAAAGUUUUGUGCUUACUUGGUCAUUUUGAAUUAAGGCUUUGCUUUCCUUUUUUUUCUUUUUUUUUUUUAAAAAACAAUAUAAGCACUUUAGGCUGUUGACGGCACUCUGAGUAUAGUUUUUAUAUAAAGUGUGCUUUAAUUAGUACUUUUUAGAUCUUGGCUCUGGAUUUAUACUUUUCACAGCGUUUUCAUGCCCGUCAAUUAACAACUGUGAGGGGAUCAGAGCGGGUGUCAGCAUAUAUCCCAGAAGCAAAUACGUUCGUAUUAUUAAAAACUGGAUGUUGUUGAAACAUACGGCAGUAACGUUUUAUUAAACGUUAGCGUCGCGGGGUCGAGGCCCCGUGCUCGGGCCUUGACGCGCGGAGUUUUACGGAAGCCUCACAGCCGCCCUGUUUUACAAACAAAGACGGGAAGAAACGGCCCGAGAUCCCACACCUAGCGUGUGGCAGAGCGACGGUGCCCCCUCAGCCCACCCUCCGGGGGACACGGGUCACAGCUCGGGGGCGUCAGUGUCCGGAAUUCCCCGUGCUCUCCGGACUCGGGUACGCGCCCCUCACCCAUCCUCACCGACGGCCGCGCUCCUCGCCCUCCUCGCCCUCCUCGCCCACAGGCCUUGGUGGGCGCGCGGCUGCCCUGCAGGUUUCGUUGGGGAGUCCGCGACGGGGUCGGCCUCCCUCUCAACGCCCUGCGAUGUGAGAGCCGUGCUGAGAAACAUCCCGGGAGCCGGUCCCUCCUCGGGCUGACGUGGCCGCAAUGGGUCCCACCGCCAGCCCCUCCCCGAGAAGGCGCGAGCGCACAGGCGCAGCGCGGCUGGUCCCGGGGCGGAAGCGGGUCCUGCCCGGGGAGCGAGGGGCUGGCCCUUGUGCUCCGUGGACUCAGUGUCUCGGCCCGCGCGCCUUCCCGGCGUGGACGCAUCGAGCUGGCCGUUGCAGGAGGCUUCUGGGGGUUUCCAGGAGGACGGGGCGGGUCCCCGCACCUCGCUGGGCAGGGCUUACCUGACUGCCAGUUUGGGAAGAAGGGCUGGGCGCCCUGCGCAGCUCUUUCAGCUUCGCCCCUGGGGGAACCCAGCUCCACCCAGCGCAGCUGUGCCUCAGUGGGGACGCCUGCUUGAUUCUGGGCCUCUGUGUAGGGAAACUGACCUAAGGCCAUGGUCAUAUUUUGACCUCUGUCCUUACCUAGGAGUAUUUUUUUAUCCUUU